ACACUAUAUCUCAAGCUUUUAUUUCAUCAACAAAUUCUUGAAUAGCUCAUAAUGCUACGAACAAAAAUAGAAAUACAAAAUGAUAAAAUAUUGCAAGGAAAUAAGUUGCAACGACUAUCAAAUAUUGCUUUACAACAAAUACGAAGUUCGGUAUAUAGUUAUACACAAAGGCAAACAUUUACAAAUUCAAUACAACAGAAACCAUUAUCACAAUUUCAAAAAGAAAUUAUAAAACAAAAAUUUUCAUCUAAAAAUGUGUAUAAUGCUAUGAAUAUCGAAUCUUUGAAAAUACGAAGGAAAACAAGUGCAAAUUCACAACAAAAACAAUUGUUACUCUCGCCACAGUUACAAGUUCAAAAACAAGCUACAAAACAAAAAUCUUUAUCUAAAAAUGUGCAUAGUGUUAUGAAUGUUGAAUCUUUGAAAAAGCGACGAAAAACAAUUGCAAAUUCAGUACAGCAAAAACAAUUGACAUUCUCGCCGCAGUUACAAGUUCAAAAACAAGCUACAAAACAAAAAUCUUUGUCUAAAAAUGUACAUAAUGUUAUAAAUGUUGAAUCUUUGAAAAAGCGACGAAAAACAAUUACAAAUUCGGUACAACAAAAAUUGAAAUAUUUGUCUUUAUCACAAUUUCAAAAAAAAGUUACGAAACAAAAAUUUUCAUCUAAAAAUGUGCAUAGUGUUGAAUCUUUGAAAUCACAACGAAAAAUAAUUACAAAUCCUGUGCAACAAUUGUCAUCUUCGUCACAAUUUCAAAAAAAGAUUAUAAAACAAAUAUCUUCAUAUAAAAAUGUAUAUAAUAAAGUAAAUAUCGAAUCUUUGAAAAAAAGACAGAAAACAAUUACAAAUCCAGUACACCAAAUAUUACCUUUGUCACAGUUACAAUUUCAAAAGGAAAUUUCGAAAGAAAAAUUUCCAUCUAAAAAUAAACAUAAUAUAAUGAAUGUUAAAUCUUUGAAAUCUCCAUCGAUUUGUGAGAAAAUUUCAAUAAAUCAACAAUGUUCUUCUUCACAAAGUGAUUCAGAAUAUAAGUUUUCUGAAAAUGAUGCUUUUGUUAAAAAAAAUAUUCAUAAUCUGAUACAUAAUAAAGUUCAACAUCAAAUAAAAGGAAAUAUUGCAAAAAUGUUAGUUGUGUUUAUUAAUGGUGAACAGAGAUUAAUUACAUUUGAGAUACCUCACGAAGAUUGUACAGUUGAAGAUUUAUUGAAACAGGCAAAUAUUGUUCUUUCUGAGAAAUUAAGUGUUUCAUUAAUUUCUAAUCCUACAUUGGAUAUAAAUUAUUUAGUAAAAAUUGAAUCUGAUACAAUUACAUCACUUGAUAUGAGUAAAAAUGAUAAUAAUUCUCAAAAUAACAUAAAUAAUAAUUCAAAUAAUUCUAAUAGAUCACCAGAUAAAAAUAUUGAUUCUGUACAACAAAAUAAGAUAAACAAUGAACAUAAUUCAUCAACAAAAUCAGAAAAAUUGGAACAAGAUGCGUCUAUGCAUAAACAUAAAAGAAAAAAAAGAAUUGCUUCAAAAUCAAGGCCUAGUCAUAAAAAACCAGAAUGUUUAACAAUAUCAUCUGAUGAAGAAGAAAAAAGCAAAGAAAGAUCAAAUUCUAAUAACAAUACAUUUUCAAAUGACACGAAUAAUGAUUUUAGUAAUGAAAUGGAUAUCAUUCUUGAGAAGAAACCAAUAAUUACGAAUAAUUCUAUUUCCGAUACAAUUUCCGAUUAUGUAGGAUGCAAAAAAAUAGAAAAUAUUUCAGAUGACAUUAUGCAAUCUCCAUAUACUUCUUUAUUAUGUAAAAUGGUAAGAAUAGGUUCUUACAAAUAUAUUCCUCGGGAUAGAGUCUUAAUCUCGCAAAAUGGAGUAAGAUUUGGUGUACCUUUAUUGAAAGAUGAAAAAACUUUUGUAACAUUAGACGUUAAGAUUCGAGAUAUAGUAAAAGUACUAAUUCAUUUUGGUAAAUCAAUGCCAGUGCUUUUCUUUUAUACAUCUAUUAAUAUUGGAGCUAUAAUUCGUAAAUUAUUAGGAAUGCAGGAUCCAAAAGGACCAUACUAUGAUCCUGCUGGAAAAGAUCAUACACAUAAACGAAUAACUUUAGUAACAGAGAAAUUAUCAGAAGAAUCAAAAGUUUUAAUAAAAACAUUGUUUAUGCGAAAAAACUUAUUAGAAGAAUUAAAUACGAAAGAAGCACAUGAUAUUUUUGAAGGAUCAUCGCCGAAAAAUAAUGUACAAAUAAAAAACCUAUCGAAGAAAAAAAUUCAAACACAAAUAACAGCUAAUUCAAAUAAUACUAAUAUACAAACAAUAACUAUAUAUCCCCCACCACCUGCCAAAGGUGGUAUAACCAUUAGUACUGAGGAUUAUUUAUGUCUUGGAGAAGAUCAAUUUUUAAAUGAUGUAAUUAUAGUCUAUCUAAAAUAUUUGACAUUGGAAGUUCUAUCAGAAUCUGAUCAACGGAGAACUCAUGUAUUUAGUUCCUAUUUUUAUAAGCGAUUGACAAGUCCACAUGCUCAAACAGUUGAAAACAAUAUGCCUCUUACACCUGCUGCUAAGAGACAUGCAAGAGUUCAGAAGUGGACGAAAAAUGUCAACAUAUUUGAAAAAGAUUUUAUUAUAAUUCCUAUAAAUGAACAUGCUCAUUGGUUUUUGGCUAUUAUUUGUUUUCCCGGAUUAGUGGGUAAAGUUUUUACACAAAGUAAACGAUCUGAUGAAAAUGAUAUUCGUAAAUCUAUACAAAAAAGUAAAAAAUUAAAAGAAGUAAAACUUCAAACUGUUACUAUUGGAAGUACAACUCUCAAACCAAUGACGACUAUUGUAACUAUAGAUCAGGAUGAUGGUGGUUUAGAAAGGGAUAAAGCUGAAGGUGAUAAUGAAGAAAUGAAAAUGAUUAGCAAAGAUGAUGAUGAAUUAGAAAUAAUAGAAAAUAUAAAUGUAUCGCCAAAAAUGAAACAAAACAUACUACAGGAAAAAGAUACUAUAAAAAUACCUUGCAUAUUAAUAUUUGACUCUCUUGCUGGAACAAGUAGAAUACAUGUAGUAACUACAUUAAGAGAUUAUUUAAGUUGUGAAUAUGUAACAAAAACGGGAUGUGAAAAAGUAUUUUCAAAAGAUACUAUUAAAGGAGCAUUGUUAAAAGUUCCUCAGCAAUCAAAUUUCACUGAUUGCGGAUUAUAUGUAUUACAAUAUGUAGAGAGCUUCUUUAAGAAUCCCAUUAAAGAUUAUACUUUGCCAAUAAAAACAUUGAAAAAUUGGUUUGAGGAAAUAGUAGUAACAAGAAAACGGGAAGAAUUAUCAAAAUUAUUAAUUAAAUUGAUGAAUGCAACAAAAGGAGACAAAAAUAUAACAAUACCUGCUAUAAACUUUCCUACUCAAGAUGGUAAACUAAAAAUUAAGGCUAAAAAUCAUAUUGAUGCGAAAUCUGUAAAAACUGAUGUUGAAGAUAAAAAAAAACCUACUUUAGAUGGAGAAAAUCGUACUAGUAAUAAUAUAUUAAAUCAAAGUAAUAAAUCAAUUAUUGAAAUGGUAAAUAAAACUACAAAUCAGAUUGGAUGCAUUCCAUUUUGUUCAUCUGAAAAUAAUUCAAUAGAGAUUAAUUGA